GAAGAAGAACCAUCCAGUGUCCAGCAUCUACGGGCCAACACGAUCUAAACUACAAAAAAAAAAAUCACAGAAGAAGUGGAGCUAGUCGCCAUUUUGUUCUCGGUGGAUCGAGGCGCAGAUUGACGCUUUUAAAAGUGACGCUGCAGCUGCACGAUGGUGAAGAUAUUCAUCGGGAACCUGUCGCCGGACACGACGUCGGACGAGCUGCGCUCGCUCUUCUCGCAGUACGGCAAGAUCGCCGAGUGCUCCAUCGUCAAGAACUUCGGCUUCGUGCACAUGGACGACAAGGCGGAGGCGGAGGAGGCCAUCCGCAACCUGCACCAGUACGAGCUGAACGGGCAGCCCAUGAACGUGGAGCUGAGCCGCGGCAAGUCCCGCGGCUCCACCAAGCUGCACGUCGGCAACAUCGCCUGCACCAACCAGGAGCUGAGGGCCCGGUUCGAGGAGUUCGGCGCCGUGUUGGAGUGCGACAUCGUAAAAAACUAUGCUUUCGUUCACAUGGAGCGAAUGGAGGACGCCAUGGAGGCCAUUAAUCAUUUAGACAACACGGCUUUCAAAGGCAAACUGAUGAGCGUGAAGCUUUCGACUAGCCGCCUGCGCACUGCGCCGGGAAUGGGAGACCGGUCGGGUUGUUAUCGUUGCGGGCAGGAGGGCCACUGGUCCAAAGAGUGCCCCCUAGACCAGAACGGCUUCCACAGAAACGGCUCAGAGCCUAAGUUCGAUGGAUACGAUGCCUCGAGAUUUGGUGAGCGCGGCCGCAGCCGGGCUUAUCAUCCGGACUUCAGCGGCGAACCGGAUUACGGCGCGGGCUACGCUCCCGUGCCCGAUUUCCCCCGGGGCGCCGCCCCCCACCCUCCCCCCGGCGGCGGCGGCGGCGGCGGUAUGGCGGCGGCGGCGGCGGGGUACAGAAGAGUCGCGGGCUACGAGGGCGCGAUGAGGUACGCGCCGCACCCGGGCUACGGCGUCGGCGCCGUCGCCGAUCAUAGCAUGGCUCGGAUGUACGGCAGCGACGCCGCCGCCGCCGCCGCUGCCGCCGCCGCGUACAGGGGCAACGGCUCGCUCUACGGCGCCGUGCCCGCCUACCCGGUGCGACGGUCGCCGUACGACCAGCGGGAUCCGUACGGGGUCGUGGACUACUACGAGAAGUACAGGGCCAAUUCGUACGGGGGCAGUUAUUUCGAGGAGCGUCGCGGCGUCCCCGUGCCCGCCCCGUCCACGUCCUCCUCCACGCCGGUAAUGAGGGAGCGGCUGCCCCCGUCGGGCCUCGACCCAUACGAGUGCCCCCCCCUCCCCCCGCCGCCGGCCCCCGUCUCCUCAUACUACGCACGCGACCGGAGCCCGAUCCGGAGGGUCGCCGCCGCCGCCGCCGCCGCCGAGGCGGAUGGAUACGCAUACGAGCGCUCGCGCCUCUCCCCGGGCACCGCCCUCCCAAGGAGCUCGACCUUUGACCACACGCGGGAAGCCGGCGCCGAGCGCCCACGGUUUACAUACUAACCCCCCCCCCCCCCUUCACAGCUGACCCCCCUCCCCCCCUUUUCCCUCCCCCGUUUAGCAGGUAGGACGUAGCCGAAGUGCCAUCGGAAUCACUGAAGUUUAAAACACCAGUGUGUCUCAUUGCUGUUUCUCUCCGGGGCCCCGAGUCACGGCCUCAGUGUAAGUAACGCGCGUGUGUGUGUGCGCGCGCGCGCGUGGGCGGGUUCGUCAAAUCAUCCAGCAACUCAGAUAUCAUUCCAGGUCAUUAUCACAGGACACGAGGACACUCAGUGACUGCACCCGUCACCGCCGACGUUUCGCCGAGCUCGGACGUCACGCCGCCGCCGCCGUCAGGACUCUGCUCUGCUCUAAAGUACAUAAAUGUUCUCUGAACGCGUUGAAAUUUUGUGCAUGGUGCAUGUUUUAAAGGUGAGUCUUACGUUGAUUAAAACUUUGGAUUAUAUUCAGCAGUAUCUUGUAUUAAAACUUGUGCUUUUUAUUUUAGUGUAUUUGCGUUAGUGGGAGUUUCACAUCGUUACUGCAUAAAUAUACCGACAGUAAAACAAAAAAAAAAAACAAGUGUGAGUUCUUCUUCAUCCUCUUGUACCAAAAGUUUAAGAACUUACUUUUUCUUCUUCUUCUUUUUCUUUUCUUUUUCUUUCUUUUUUUUAAAUAAAGGUGCGUUGUGAUCAUUUUCGUUGCUGUUGUUAGUAAACGCAUUACUUAGGCGACAUAGUGCUGUGACUAAUAUGACCCUUCACAUCUUAAUCAUGUUGUCAUUUCAUAAUAAAAUAACCUGAACGGCC